AUGUAAAUUUUUUAAAUCUUUAAAAAGGAGAAUGUACAAAGUAAAGAACUUCAGAAAUAAUUAGAUGUGUUCGAACUUAAGGAAUUAGGCAAAUAGGAUGGUGAGAGUUAGUUAGAUCAGUUGACUUCGUAGGCCUAAGCAUAAAUACAACAUUUUGAAAAGGUAUGCAAUGAUAUAAACGAGAAAGUAUUGAUAUGUUUAUCAACAAGAUUACUCAUUAUGGAUCUUCAAAAGGAAUGGAUGAUAUGUAUUUGAUUGAAAAGAUUUUAAUAUAGAUAAAAGUCUGUCAAAGAAGCUUAAAAUGAUUUACAUUAAAUGGAAAUAAUAAUCUAAAAUAUGGGAUCCAUUCAAAUAUCAAAAAACACAGAGAAUGUAAAUUUAUUUAUAAUUGGCUAUUAGUAAAAAAAGUAACAAACCUUAUAGAAAUUGAUUAAAAUAGUCUAAAAUUCAAAGGAAAAUUUGAAACUAAUAACUUAUUAGUUAGCCUAAAAGCAUCAAACUAGUUAAAUAUAGGCAAAACAACCUGCUAAGGGUCGUCAUGGUGAUAAUUAAAUAAAUAUAUAAUUGUUGGAGGAAGACUUUGACUAUGGAUAUGAUGAGUUAUAUAUACAAAGUAGGAAUCAAUAGAUAAUGGAAAUAGCAUAGUAUCCUUAAUUUUGAUGUUAGGGUGAUCAAUUAAAUUAAUGAAAUGAUGCAAGAGGCAGCUAAAAUGAUAAAAGAGCAAGGAGAGUAAAUUAAAAUCAUUAGAAUAAAUAUCAAGGAUGCUAAAACGAAAACUGAUGGAGCAGCUGAAGAAACAAAAAAGGCAGCCUAAGCUUCAAAAGGAAAUAAUGAUAGAACGUAAUAUUGUUCAUGAGUUUAGACUAUACUUUUGUGGCAUAAUUACCUUGUUAGUUGUGAUCAUAGUAUUGAUGUACAGUGCUGGUUCUAGAACAUAUCCUGAUACUGAUCAAUAAUAAUCAUAAAAUUGAUGUAUAAUUAUUAUAUUAUUCAUAACUAAUGAAAUUCAAG